AUGGCGGAUUCUGAGGAUACCCCUCAACCCACUCCCAGCGAGGCCAGUGAGACCCCAGGCGACGAAGCUUCCCCACAGAACGAGGGCUUCCCCCUCUCGUCGCUGGCCAACCUCUUUGAGAGCGAGGACGGUUCUUCCUUGGCAGAUGCUGCCCGGAGCCCGCCAGGGUUGGGGGAUGGCAAGCAGAACCUGCGGAUGAAAUUCCACGGGGCUUUCCGCAAGGGGGUUCCUAACCCGAUGGACCUGUUGGAAUCCACCAUCUACGAAUCGUCAGUUGUGCCGGGGCCCAAAAAGGCCCCCAUGGACUCCCUCUUUGACUAUGGCACGUACCGCCAUCACCCGACCGACAACAAACGGAGACGCAAGAAAGUCCUGGAGAAGAAGCCCCCCAGCACAAAGGGUCCUGCGCCCAACCCACCCCCCAUCCUCAAGGUGUUCAACCGGCCCAUCCUUUUCGACAUUGUCUCCCGAGGAUCCACGACAGACCUGGACGGCCUCCUCCCCUUCUUGCUCACUCACAAGAAGCGCCUGACAGACGAGGAGUUUCGAGAACCCUCCACGGGGAAAACCUGCCUCCCCAAGGCGCUGCUGAACCUGAACAGCGGCAAGAACGAUACCAUCCCGAUGCUGCUGGACAUUGCCGAGAAGACGGGCAACAUGCGGGAGUUCAUCAACUCGCCCUUCCGAGACGUCUACUACCGAGGGCAGACGGCUCUGCACAUAGCCAUUGAGCGGCGGUGCAAGCACUACGUGGAGCUGCUCGUGGAGAGAGGGGCUGACGUCCAUGCGCAGGCCAGGGGCCGGUUCUUCCAGCCCAAGGAUGAGGGCGGUUACUUCUACUUUGGUGAGCUGCCCCUCUCCCUGGCAGCCUGCACCAACCAGCCGCACAUUGUCCAGUACCUGACAGAGAAUGCGCACAAGCAGGCCGACCUGCGGCGCCAGGACUCGCGCGGCAACACGGUUCUCCACGCCCUGGUGGCCAUCGCGGACAAUACGCGCGAGAACACUAAGUUUGUCACCAAGAUGUAUGACCUGCUGCUGAUCAAGUGUGCCAAGCUCUUCCCCGACACCAACCUGGAGGCCCUGCUCAACAACGACGGCCUCUCGCCCCUCAUGAUGGCUGCCAAGUCCGGCAAGAUUGGGAUCUUCCAGCACAUCAUCCGUCGUGAGAUCAAGGAUGAAGACGCCAGGCACCUCUCCCGCAAGUUCAAGGACUGGGCCUACGGACCUGUCUACUCCUCGCUUUAUGACCUGUCCUCCUUGGACACGUGCGGUGAGGAGGUGUCCGUGCUGGAGAUCCUGGUCUAUAACAGCAAGAUCGAGAAUCGCCACGAGAUGCUGGCCGUGGAGCCGAUUAAUGAACUCCUGCGGGACAAGUGGCGCAAAUUUGGGGCGGUCUCGUUCUACAUCAGUGUCGUCUCCUAUCUCUGUGCCAUGGUCAUCUUCACCCUCGUGUCCUAUUACCGUCCACUGGAGGGCAUCCCCCCGUACCCAUACAUCACCACCACAGACUACCUGCGUCUGGCUGGGGAGAUCGUCACGCUUUUCACGGGGGUCCUCUUCUUCUUCACUAAUGUCAAGGACCUCUUCAUGAAGAAGUGCCCUGGGGUCAAUUCCUUCUUCAUUGACGGCUCCUUCCAGCUACUCUACUUCAUCUAUUCGGUCCUGGUGCUGGUCGCAGCUGCUCUGUACCUGGUGGGCAUCGAGGCCUAUCUGGCCGUCAUGGUCUUUGCGCUGGUGCUGGGCUGGAUGAACGCGCUCUACUUCACCCGGGGCCUCAAGCUGACGGGGACAUACAGCAUCAUGAUCCAGAAGAUCCUCUUCAAGGACCUUUUCCGGUUUCUGCUCGUUUACGUGCUUUUCAUGAUCGGCUAUGCGUCAGCCCUGGUGUCUCUGCUGAAUCCGUGUCCCAGCACCGUGGCCUGUAAUGAAGACCGGCCCAACUGCACAGCCCCCGCCUACCCGUCCUGCCGGGACAGCAAGACCUUCAGCACCUUCCUGCUUGACCUCUUCAAGCUGACCAUUGGCAUGGGGGACCUGGAGAUGAUCGAGAAUGCCAAGUACCCCGGGGUCUUCGUCAUCCUCCUCGUCACCUACAUCAUCCUGACCUUUGUCCUCCUACUGAACAUGUUGAUUGCCCUGAUGGGGGAGACCGUGGGCCAGGUGUCCAAGGAGAGCAAGCAGAUCUGGAAGCUGCAGUGGGCUACCACCAUCUUGGAUAUUGAGAGAUCCUUCCCCGUGUUCGUGAGAAAAGCUUUCCGGUCUGGAGAGAUGGUCACUGUUGGAAAAGCCUUGGAUGGGACCCCGGACCGGAGGUGGUGUUUCAGGGUGGAUGAAGUGAACUGGUCACACUGGAAUCAGAACUUGGGCAUCAUCAACGAAGACCCCGGCAAGAAUGACACCUAUCAGUACUACGGAUUCUCCCACACCGUGGGCCGAUUGCGGAGAGAUCGCUGGUCAACAGUGGUGCCCCGGGUGGUGGAGCUGAACAAGAACUCUCCUCCCGAUGAGGUGGUUGUACCCUUGGACAGCCUGGCCUCUUCCGCAGCGAACGAGGACCUCAAGCUGAGCUGCCCCCAGAACUGGAGAAAGGAAGACUCCCAUAUCUGA